AUGCUCGCCUGGACCGCGCUCGGCCUGGCCCUGAGCUUUCGGCUGGCGCUGGCGCAGAGCGGCGUGGAGCACGGCCUCCCGGCAUCGGCCCCCCAGGGGGAUCUGCUGUUCCUGCUGGAUAGUUCGGCCAGCGUAUCCCACUACGAAUUCUCAAGGGUUCGGGAGUUCCUGGGGCAGCUGGUGGCCCCUCUGCCCCUGGGCCCCGGGGCCCUGCAUGCCAGCCUGGUGCACGUGGGCACCCGGCCAUACACUGAGUUCUCCUUUGGCCAGCACAGCUCAGGCGCAGCGGUCCAGGAUGCCAUCCGGGCCUCGGCCCAGCGCAUGGGUGACACCAACACUGGCCUGGCACUGGCCUAUGCCAAGGAGCAGCUGUUUGACAUGGCAGCCGGUGCCCGGCUGAGGGUGCCCAAGGUGCUGGUGUGGGUGACAGAUGGUGGCUCCAGUGAUCCGGUGGGGCCCCCUAUGCAGGAGCUCAAGGACCUGGGUGUCACUGUCUUCAUCAUCAGCACCGGCCGUGGCAACUUCCUUGAGCUGUCGGCCGCCGCCUCAGCCCCUCCCGAGAAGCACCUGCACUUUGUGGAUGUGGACGACCUACACAUCAUUGCCCAGGAGCUUCGGGACUCCAUUCUUGACGCGAUGCAGCCGCAGCAGCAGCAGCUCCGCGCCUCCGAAGUCACGUCCAGCGGCUUCCGUCUGGCCUGGCCGCCCCUGCUGACCGCCAACUCCGGCUAUUACGUGCUGGAACUGGUGCCCAGCGCCGAGCCAGGGGCAGUGCGUCGCCAGCAGCUGCCGGGGAACACCACAGGCUGGGCCUGGGCUGGCCUUGAGCCCGACACGGACUAUGACGUCGCUCUGGUGCCUGAGUCCAACGAGCGCCUCGUGGGGCCGCAGCACCUGCGGGUGCGUACGCUGCCCGAUGAGGCUGGGCCGGAGAGGAUCGUCAUCUCGCAUGCCAGGCCGCGCAGCGUGCGCGUGAGCUGGGCCCCGGCCCUGGGCCCGGCCUCUCUGCUCGGCUACCAAGUGUUGUACGGGCCACUGCAGGGCGGUGCGGCGCAGCGCGUGGAGGUGCCUGCAGGCGGUAACAGCACCACACUACAAGGCCUGGCGCCCGGCACAGUUUACCUGGUGACCGUGACCGCGGCCUUCCGCUCGGGCCGCGAGCGUGCGCUGUCGGCGAAAGCCUGCACGCCCCCCGGGGAGCGCAGCCGCGCUCCGCCCCUCCCCGACGCUGGGGCCCGGGGGCCGUGA